CAUUUUAGCUAUUCGGUUAACCGCUAUGCUCGACACGAGUACAUUAUGGAUAACAAGUUGGCAAUCAUCGGAUCUCUAAAUUCGGGCUUUGUAGAUCUACGGUGUGGGUUUUGUGCGUGAUUUUGUUAUAUUUAAUGAAGGCUUAACUGUUUGGGUUUGAAAGAUGCCUCGAAUACCAACUGUUCAUAGUAAAACAUAUGUAACCCCACGUCGUCCUUUUGAAAAGGAGCGUCUUGACCAAGAAUUGAAGUUUAUUGGAGAUUUUGGACUCCGAAACAAGCGUGAAGUUUGGAGAGUGAAGUAUACAUUAGCCAAAAUACGGAAAGCUGCUCGGGAAUUGCUUACUCUUGAUGAAAAAGAUACUAGAAGACUUUUUGAAGGUAAUGCUUUGCUUCGUCGUCUGGUAAGAAUUGGUGUAUUAGAUGAAAACAGAAUGAAGCUUGAUUAUGUAUUGGGUUUACGUGUGGAACAUUUUUUGGAACGAAGACUUCAGACUCAAGUAUUUAAACAAGGUCUUGCUAAAAGUAUACAUCAUGCCAGAGUUUUAAUACGUCAGAGGCAUAUACGAGUACGAAAACAAGUUGUGAAUGUUCCGUCAUUUGUUGUUCGUUUGGAUUCUGAGAAACAUAUAGAUUUCUCUCUAAAAUCACCGUUUGGUGGUGGGCGAGCAGGCCGUGUCAAGAGAAAGAACAUGAGGAAAGCUCAGGGUGGAACUGCUCAAGAUGAAGAUGAUGAAGAUUAGACAUGUAAUUUUUUCCAUUUGUUCAAAAAGCAAAUAAAGAAAUCUUCUAUAAUGUGU